AUGGCAGUCGACGUCGAGCAGCAGUUCAUGGACCAGCUCUUUGAAGGGCUCGAUGCAGACACCUUCAACCUGCCAUGGUCCUCGCAGCCCAGCCCGCAGCGCAAGCCGCAAGCCUCCCAGCGAUCCCCCAGUCGCAGCCCCACGAGGCCACCAUCCGCAUCUGCCUCUCUAAUCAAGCGGCGGUCUCAAACGCAUAUUCAGCAGCGCGGAUCACACACCGACCCCGACGCCGACCCCGACGCCAACACCGACAUCUCCCGCGACCUCAGGCCCAGUCCCUUUGCCCCAAACGUGCUCUACAGCCAUGCCGAUGUCGACACGCACCGCACCGGGGGAUCGAAGCCCACGGCCGCAAACGAUGCAGCCGACCGCCAAGCCGCUCAACCACGCCGUCCUUCCGCCCCUCUUCCUGCACGCACAGACGACCCCCUCAGCCGCUUCCCCACCAAAGGAUGGAAGCUCGACGACAUGAGCCAGCCCGCUCAGCUUCACCGCCAGCAGCAGAGACAAAGGCAAAGGGCCUACACACGCUGCCUCGUCGUCGGUAUCGCAGAACGCGUUUACCACCCAGCCGGUCCCUCUUCCUCCCGACCUCGCGUCGAACGCGUCCUCAUCCUCCACCUUUCGCACAGGGACCAGUCGCUCCCACCGCGCCGCCGCAAUCGCUCACAGGCCGCUGCGGAAACGGUCCAGGAUGAGCCAGAGGUGCGCAUCGCCGUGCUCCGAGACGAGUGGCAGUCGACCGACGUCAGGCCAGGCGACUACAUUCACCUCGUCGGCCGCUUCGAGCGCGACCAGACGUCCGUACCGCACCAAUCGUCGUGGUCAGCCAGACUCGCGGACCGACAGGACCGGAAUCACGGGCGAUGUCGAGGCGACGAUGACGCAGCCGUCGCAACGCCAAAAGUCGAGGUCGAGAUCAACGCCGACACCAGCUCGUUGCCGUCGUCUCGCUGCGCAACAGAGCCCGAUGGCGACGCCGACGAUGACGCCGACCUGUGGGCGGAGAUGGGCAGCCUCCCCUCGCUCUCACAGCCGUCGCCCUCACAGUCGCAGCCGGGCCAGACGGCGCCGACCAUGAUCCUCUCAUCGCAACCCGCUAGCCAGUGGGACGAUUGGGACAGCCGCGACAACCUCCUCAUUCUCCAUCCAGACGUCCUUGUGCCCGCCACCAAAGUCUCGGAUGUCUCGUCGUGUGUGCGAAAGCCCGUCGUGCAGGACCGGCUCCGUGGCGGUUCGGACCUCACGGUCCCGCUGGUCCUCGGCACCAUGCUCCACGAAGUGCUGCAGGCCUGCCUCACCGGGCGGGGCUCAAGCAUCGACGCCAAAGAAGAGCGAGCACUGCUCGAGACAAUUUGCCGGGUCAAGCGCGAGGAAGAGCAGCAGAGGGAGCGGGAACAGCAGCCGAACCGGCAGGACGAGGCGGCAGAUCACGAGCAGCCGAGGCCACCACCAUCGAGGUCAGAUUCAGGGCUUGACGCACCCGCCUCGGUCCGCGACUGGCCCGCCACCUGGACGGGCAUCGGCGACUUUUCGCGGCCCUUUGCUCUCGCUCAAAUCCGCUCGCAGGUGCAGCUCAACAUCGACAGUCUCUUUGCCAUCGGGCUCGAUACUGACCAGGCCUACGCCAGGCUCGAGGCCGCUGCAGCACCGUUCGGCCGCUUUGCCGCUGUCUACCUCACUGCCGACGAACGAGAUAUUGGUUCCGACGGCUUCAGGGACGAUGCCACGAUCGCCGACAUCAGAUCUGCCUCGUCUGCGCCGGUAAAGACCCGGCUGACGCGCAUCCUCGACGUCGAAGAAGAGGUGUGGUCGCCCAUGUACGGCCUCAAGGGCAAGGUCGACGUCACGAUCGAGGCGCUCGUUCUCGAACCCGACAUGGACAGCAAUGGCGGUGGCGGACAGCUCUUGGACGGGCAACCCAGGCGAACCUUUUCGGAUCCGCGCUCGGCAUCGAUGUCAGCGCCCUUACGCACCCGCUCCUUAGCCGCCGUCGGCUCCGCCACCGCUGCUCCGCUGUCCACUGCUCGAUCGGCUCGCGGCCAUCUCUCAGUCUCGGUGAUGCCGCUCGAGCUCAAGACGGGCCGUUCUACUGCCGUCGGCAUGGAGCACCGUGCCCAAACGAUGCUCUACACGCUGAUGCUCUCGGACCGGUACGGCUGCGACGUCCAAGAUGGUCUGCUCUACUAUUCAAAGAGUGGCCAGCUUCACCGCAUCCGCAAGAGCCGGAAUGAGGUGCGCGGCCUCAUCAUGGGUCGGAACGAGCUCGCCGGAUAUCUUGUGAAGAGGGAGGGCGAUGACGGCAGCGGCGAGGAUGUGACGGCGCCGCUCCCGCCCACGAUCGACAAUGAUCACAAGUGCAGGCGAUGCUAUGCGGUCGACGGAUGCAUGCUGCUGCGCCGCGCCAUCGAAAACGUGGUCGACCCCGAUCCGAACAGCGAGGGCGCAGAGCUCACCAAGGACGCUGCCGUCGUUUCGACGCCCAUCGCUGGGCUGUACGCGCAAAAGACGGCGCAUAUGACGCAGACGCACGCCGACUUCUUCAAAAAAUGGAGCAGCCUCCUCUCGCUCGAGGAACAGGACCUGGUCCGCUUCCGCCGCGAGCUGUGGACCAUGACGGCCGCCAGCCGCGAGAACGUGGGCCGCUGUUUUGCCGACAUGCGCCUCGUUUGCCGCGACGAGGGCGCAGGCGCUUCCGAGCGGACCAGCGCAAGGAUGAUGCGUCGCUUCACGUAUGCAUUUGAGCGAUCCUCGCCUGACGAUGGCGGGAUCUUCGGGAGCCAGGCCUCUGCGGCCGCAACGAGCCUCCUCAGCGGCCAUAUUUCGCUCAACGAUCCCGUAACCAUCUCGAUCGAGCCGGCGCUGCUGUCAGUGGCGCAAGGAUUCGUCACGGCGCUGACGGCGACGCGUAUCGAGAUCGGGUUGGACCACGACCUGCUGCCGUCGCUCCAGCGAUCUAUCGAAGAAGCCGGCUCGACGCGGCUCGACGCUUCGGCCAUGGCCUCGAUCGUGUUUCGAAUCGACCGCGACGAGCUGUCGGCCGGCAUGGGCAAGGUGCGCUCAAACCUCGCCGCCCUCUUCUGGCCGGGCGAGGCUGGUGAUACCAAACGGCGCGAGCUCAUCGUUGACCUCCGCCCGCCGCGCUUCUCGUCAUCUGAGGCAGGCGAGGUCGGCGGCAACGGCCAGGUGUCGACGCCGGCGCUGCCCGAUCAUCUCAACGUCGACCAACGCGCCGCGAUGCACAAGGUGUUGAGCGCCCAGGACUAUGCGCUGAUUCUCGGCAUGCCGGGCACGGGCAAGACGACGACGGUGGCCGAGCUCAUCAAGCUGCUUGUGUCGCGCGGCAAGAGCGUGCUGCUGACGAGCUACACGCAUAGCGCCGUCGACACCAUCCUGCGCAAGCUCGUCAUCGACGGCCGGCGUUCCUGUGAUCAGCCAGGGCUGGAAGGGCAGUGCCAUCGCCCACUGCGGAUGCUGCGCCUCGGCAACGCCGACAAGGUGCAUCCAGACACGCGCCACUUGACGCUGCCGCCCGCGUCGACAACCGCGCACCUCGAGGAGCUGCUGCUGGCGCCGGACGUGGUGGCGACGACCUGCCUCUCAAUCUCGCACGUCGUCUUCUCCAAGAGGCGCUUCGACUACUGCAUCGUCGACGAGGCGUCACAGAUCACGCUGCCAACCUGCCUCGGCCCCCUGCGCUUUGCCGAUCGCUUUGUGCUCGUCGGCGACCACUUUCAGCUACCGCCGCUGGUGCGCAACCCGCAGGCCAAGCGAGGCGGGGGCGGGCUCGAGACGAGCCUGUUUAAGCUGCUCAGCGAACGGUACGAGGCCGAGGCUAUGGUCUGCCUCCGCCGGCAGUACCGCAUGAAUCGCGACGUUAUGGCGCUCAGCAAUGAGGUCAUCUACGGCGGCCGGCUGCGGUGCGGCAGUGAGGCCGUGGCAAUGCAGCGGUUGUCGCUGCCGAGGCGAGUCGGCGGCAAGCACGAGGAGCGCACCAGGGCGCUGCCGGAAUGGACGAAGAGGGUGCUGGACCCGGACCACUCGGUCGUCUUCCUCGACACCGACGCGCUGCCCUCGCUCGAGUCGUGCAGCGGAUCGCUGCUGCAAAACAGCGGCGAGAUCCGGCUGGUGACGCUGUUGGCCAACGUGCUGCUACAGGGCGGCGUCGCGCCAGACGACAUGGCGGCCAUCACGCCGUAUCGACAUCAGCUGAAGCUGCUCUCGCUCUCGCUGCAUCCGGCGAUCGAGACGCUGACGGCCGACAAGGCUCAGGGACGCGACAAGGACGUCAUAUUCCUCUCUCUCGUCCGGUCCAACCGCUUUGGCACCGUCGGCGAGCUGCUGCACGACUGGCGCCGGUUAAAUGUGGCCUUUACUCGCGCCAGGAAGAAGCUCGUCGUCGUCGGAAGCUGGUCCACACUCGAGGCCAGCGACGAGGUCAGCAAAUUUCUCGGCGUCAUUGCGCGUCGUGGAUGGAGAACGCCCGUCGGAUCGUGGAGCGAGGUCGACGACGUGGAACGGGGCGUCAGAGAGGCCGCGUCCGAUAUUGACGCGGAGGCAGAGGGGGCCGAGCCGGCAUCGUCCAGAAGGAACGUCAAGAUGGGCGGUGCGCCGCCGCCGUCAUGUUUGCCCGUUCAGAGAGAUGGAGACAUCAUGUCGGCGUCCGUAUCCCCCACCUCUUCGCCCUCCCCGAACCGUCGCAGCACGAUCACCGCCACGACGACGACACCACCACGACCAUCACAGAGCAAACUCACAAGUUUCUUUUCCAAGUCGUCUUCGUCGGCAUCAUCAGGGCAGCUACAGGAACGAGGAGCGGAAACGGCACGUCCGACCAAGCGGACUAAGCUGAGUGAGAGGGCGCUCAAGAAGCGAGGCGUCCUGCGCGAUCUGCUCAACGAAGUCGAGGGAUAA